UCAAAAUUCCUGUGACUUGCCCAGUCCAUUAUGUCAGCUGUCAAUAACACCAAAUUCAACUCUGCAGUGUUCCUUCUCACUGGGAUACCUGGGCAGGAAGAAGUCCAUCUCUGGAUCUCUAUUCCCUUCUGCUUAAUGUAUGUUAUUUCGAUAGUAGGAAAUUCAGUCAUUCUGUUCAUUAUAAAAACAUAUCCAAGCCUCCAUGAGCCCAUGUACAUUUUCCUUUCCAUGUUGGCUGUCACAGACGUUGGUUUAUCGAUAGCCACCAUGUUGACGACACUGGGUAUAUUCUUGUUUAAUGUUAGGGAGAUCAGUCUCAAUGCCUGUUUUGCCCAGGUGUUCUUCAUCGACUUGCUUCAGUGCACUGAAUCCUCCAUGCUCUUGUUGAUGGCCUUUGACCGCUUUGUUGCAAUCCGUGACCCGCUGAGAUAUGCUUCCAUCUUAACCCCACAGAGAAUAACCAGGAUGGGACUGGUGUUUAUGCUGAAAGGGGUGGCCUUAAUAUUCCCACUCCCCUUUCUCUUGAAACGGUUCCAAUACUGUCGAACCAAUGUCCUCUCCCAUUCCUACUGCCUGCACCAGGAGGUCAUGAAGAUGGCUUGUUCAGAUAUCACAGUCAACAGCAUCUAUGGCUUGUCUGUUGCACUCUUAACAGUGGGGUUGGACUCGCUGCUCAUCUUCCUCUCUUAUGUGAUGAUCCUCAAAACAGUGUUGAGCGUCGCAUCACCCAUGGAGUGUCUCAGGGCCCUGAACACCUGCGUCUCCCACCUCUGUGCUGUCCUCCUCUUCUACACACCAAUAAUCGGACUGUCUGUGAUACACAGAUUCGGGAAGGGCCCUUCUCCCUUGCUUCAGAUUCUCCUGGGCUACAUCUACUUGCUGGUCCCACCUCUGAUGAACCCAAUUGUGUACAGCAUGAAAAGCAAACACCUUCGUGCAACGAUAAUCAGGGUGUUCACCAAGUGA